ACUUGUCGCCAGUAGUGAGUCGACAGUUCAGCCGAACUGUGUUGUUACAAAUCCGUGUUCACUGUAUUUACCUGUGUGUUUUUUACUUUUUUUUUUUUUUAAAUAAUAAUAAAACGUCAGACGUCGGAUUGAAAUAGAUUUUUGAAAAAAAAAUUGGGGUCAACGAGUGGAAUUUUUCAUACGUUUAUUUAAUUUUUUUUUUUGUUUAUUCAUUAUUUACUGAAUUAAUUGGUGGACUUGGGUUUGACGUUGAGUUGGUGUAUUGCGGGAAUAAACUGAUCGUUGAGAUUUGAUUUAUGGAGAUGGUUCGUUCCAACGCGUUCAAUGAAAUGACAUUUCGACACGGCCGAGCCCGCAGGAUAAUCAUUUACUCGAGUACAUUUUCUGUAAAAAAUAGAGAAGAUUACAUUUGACUUUUUGUUGACUAGGAAUGAGUAGUUGAAAAUUCAGAAGUAAAGAGGAGAAGAGUACCACCAUGGUACUUACUGUUACUGAGGACACGCCGGCAGACAUGCUCACUGGGAGCAUGGAGCUACUGGUCCAAUUACCAAGGGACCAUCAUGUUCACUCGCAGAGAGUCACGGUCGAACGAAGUACAGCAAUGAUGGAUCUACUGGUGCAAAUAGCGACCGCUCACAAAUUGGCAGCCUCGAGUUACACCCUACAAGCAAUAGGCGAACGCGGAGUUGUUCUGCCCCAUCAGCCAAACACACCCAUUGGAGCACUGGAUGCUCUUCAGGUAAAAUUGCUACCGAAACAGGGUACAUUUAUUCCACGUAAAGCGAAACAGCCGAAUCAACCGUUCGAAACGACUUUUAGAUUGCAGGUUCACUUGCCGAGGAAUCAGCUUUAUGUAUCACGAGUCAGUCCAAAGAUGAAUCUGGGGGAAAUCAUUGAUGAGGUGUGCAGGGAGAAGAAUCUGGAUAGAAAUAAAUAUGAACUUCGGCAUCCAGGCAAUCACCAAGAGGUACUUGAUUUAUCUCUAUCCCUCCAAGAUUAUCACCUCCAGGAGGUGACAUUGUACGCGAAACAGGGACAAAGCCUGGGAUCAGCACUGAGUUCCCAGGAUAUAAUGGCCCUUCAACGUCAAGAAGAGAGACGCCGUCAACAAGCAAAACAAAGUGUCUUUGGUUUUAUGUUCAGAAAAUCCAAGGAAUCGUCGUUGAGUACAGACAGCCUGGGUGGUAGGUCUGUAUCACCAGCUCACAGUGAUGAAACUGGUAGAUCUGUUAGUCCAUUGGCACCACCAACAAGGCCACAACGUAAACGACGACCGGCGCCAAAUCCACCAGUUAACAAAACCACAAAUAAUAAUAAUGAUGGUACUAAGGAUGAGAACAAAGAGAAACUUGUUAUUAGUCACAGUCGUAACAGCAGUGAUAGCUCUGGUUAUCAUGAGGCAUCUGUACUCAGUGAUAAUCCAGAUUCAGCUGGACGAAUGCCAGAGACAUUGCCAAGGCGGAGUAAACCACCUGGUAAAUUUGAAACACGCAAACUUGCACAUACAUCACAGACUAGCAAAAGUCUCAGUAAUCUUGCUGUGACCUCAGCAAGUUUAAGUCACGCUACUAGCAAUACAUCACUCAGUUCAACUGGUAUUCGAAAGAAACGUGCAGCUCCUCCACCUCCAAUGAGUCGUCCCCUGUCUUCAGCGAUAUCGACUCAAGCACUGGAGCGAAUAGUGGACUCUGAGGAGUCCUUGACAUCGGACAUGGGGAUAUCAAAGCCACCAUCGGACAUCGGUAGCAAUUCAAAAGCAAAUUCAGACAUUGCUGUUGGCAGUGAGACACCCGAGCCAAUAUCCAAAGAUUUCUAUCACAAAUCCGAUAAAGAGAACAAGAAAGUUGGAUCAGAAAUGACGGAGAAGAUCACUGAUACGUCUGAGAGUAGAAAGUCCCACAUUUCUGAACAAGUUGAUGCGCCUGAACACAUUGUAGAAACUGCUAGAGUAGCCAAAAGAGUUGAUGAGUCACGACCCAUUCCCAAACCUCGUAAAGUGCCUCCAAAAGUACCAGAGCGUAGAGUUAAUACUGUCGAGUCAUCAGUAUCAACCGACAAAGUAGAUAGUUCCCUAGAGUGCACGCCCCCCGGAGAAGUUCAUCCCGAUGUCGACGAUAAGAUCAAAAAGCAAAUGAAUACCGACACAAUCCCAAACAAACUUCACGAUAAUCCGGCCAGAGAAUCUCCCGAAGAAGACGUCAAUACUGAUUUGAUAAUUGAUGCGGACGAUUGGGGAUCAUCUCCAAAGGAGGAUAACCGACUGAAGGAGAAAGUCCCAGAAAUUUCUUCGAAGACCAUCGAGGAGGAAUCUGUUGUGGGAAAAUCAGAUACACCAGCUGAUGAAAAUUGGUCGGAAAAUGCCAGAGCACAAGUGGAGAAUGAAGAGAUUGCCCUGAAGGUCCUGGAGGAGUCUCUGAAAGACGAAGUUGAUACCGAUCCUGAUGACGAUUUUACGUCGGAUGGGAACAGUUCACCAGCUUCCAGACGUUCUUGUACCGUCAUAUCAACAAUUCCAAAGUGCUGUCACCUUAAAUCUCCAGAGAUAUCGCCGAUUCCAGGAGACACUUCCCCUGGAGAUGAUCCUGGAGUCCAGAAUCAAGAGGAGACGAGGUUUCCUGGUGAAGAGGAUGAACUGGGGGACAGAGUGAAGAGAAAGGGAAAUAAAUCUAAAGUCUUCAGGAGUCAGUCCUCUUUUGGUGACUUCAAUGUGACUAAAGUCUUCGAGAAGAACACCAGACCGAACAAUUCACAUCCGGAUAAUUUUAAAUGCGCGUUGAAUCCAAAUUUCACGACUGGAAUUGCCAGUGGAAAUGACAACGAAAGUGGAAAAUUGGAGGGAGAUGUGGGGAAAAUUGAUGACAGUCGUACGCCGAAGGUGGAAUAUCCUGGGUUUAUUACCCAUGGAACUAAUCGUGGAUUGAGUGGGGAUUUGGGAAGGCUUGGAGGACAACACCACGUGGGCAUGGGGACAGCAGGUGCAUGCCAAUCCAAUUAUAAAGAAGACCAGCCAUCAGACACCGAUAUCCUCCUGCAGCGAGUCUCCACGACCCUCGCGACAGUCCUCCCCUCAAGCCCUCAGGACUCCCCGAACCUUCACAACCCCUUGGAAACCCCGAAAUCAGAUCCCGAGCCUGCGACAUCCCCAAACCAAACCCUAAACUCCCAACACGACACAUCGGAUUACGUGUCAGCCUCCGGGGAAGACCUCUCUGGAACGGACUGGGAGUACCAGCUCCCAGAUCCCCCAUCAGCCUUCCGAGACUCAUCAUCACCCGACCCGAGUGGCUACGAGACGAUAACCCUGGGAUCAGUUGAGGCCUUCAAGGACCCGAUAGCAAUCAUCGACCCCCCAGUGGAAACUCCCCCUUCACCAAUUCCCUCUCCACAGCCCCUGAAAUCCCAGAAAAAACCUCCUCCAACCCUCGAGAAGCCCCGAAAAACCUCACUCACAUCAUCCAGAGUUCCCCUCGUGUCUCAGUUCUCUCAAGAGAGUCGUCACAGUGACGUUGCUGUGGACCUGAAGAAGGACAUCAUCUCCGAACUUGAGACUAAAAUCGAGAGUGGUUUGAUGCCCCUGAAGAUCCCUGAAGAUUCCAAAAAAAUAUUAAAUAAAUCGAGUCCUCAACUGGCUCCAGUGGACAACACCCUCUCCAACUUCACCAUCACGACGUACUCCAACCAGAAGAGCCCUAACAUCUACGAGAGUCCAGAGGACAGUGAAAAGAUCUUUCCCGAAUCCUCUGACGAGAGAACUGUCAAGACAUUCGCCACACUCUCACGAAAUCGAUCGCUCUUCACCAAGGAAUCCCCUGCCAGUUCCAAAACUGAUAAAAAUAUUGAGGGUAGGGGGAUGAUGAGAGCCCAGAGUGUCCAGGACAUUGACUCGGAGGGUACCAAGCUGAAGCUCCCAUCCUUGAAGGCAGUAGAGAGGCCCAACGUUACCCUCAGACCACGAGACGAAAAAUCAUCAGCUGUUCACAGGUCCAAGAGCUACAUCGUCCUGUCGAAUAAUUCCAAGUACAGAGAGGAAAAAAAAUCCAUCGAUGUGGUCGACAAGAUGUUCAAGUCCACUAGUUACACGAAUUUAAAUCAGGAAGAUGAACUGCAGUCUGUUCAGGUCCUCAAGAGCAUUCUUCCACAUCUGAACAAGACUCUUCCAGAGGAGAAGAUUGAGAAGAGCUCGGAAAAAUGUGACGAUUCUAAACGUUAUAAAUGGCCUGGACCACCUGCCAUAUCCCUGGGAAGUUGGUCCGAACGACCUUCGGUCAAUGUUCAGAUCAAACAUGACACUGAUUACAAAUUUGGAGUGAGUAAUCAAUCUGGGGGAAAAACUGUAGUUAAUCUGAAUCCCAGUACCAAUGGGGUGGAGGUAAACUACGAGAGGGCCACGAAGAUUUUACCAAAGAAAUCGUUUGCUCAUGAUAAGUUAAAUUUCACGAAUAACGAGGUGGAAAUAGUUGAGAAGAAUGAUAAACAGGAGGUCAAGGGUCAUUACAACGAGAGGACGAAUGUCUUCCAGGAGAGUUUAACGAAAAAUCUGGGAAAACGAGGCCUUUUGAAUGGAAAAAUCGAGGAAAAUCCUGGGGUCAAGGAGCCAUCAAAGAUCAUUCCCAAUGAAGAUGACGUUAAGAUCGACACGAGACCAGUAAAUUUCAAGGAAUUGACUCAGGCCUUCGGGCAGGUGAAUCUUCGAAGUAGAUCGAAGUACAGUCAGAACUCCCAGAAUCGUCAUUCCGACUUUUUUGAUUCUCGUCAGGAGAAUGAUGUCAAGGAGACAGUGAAGAUCAGUGACUGGCCCAAGGUCAAACGAUACACAUCAGUCGUGGGAAUAAAUCCUCAGAUGAAUUCCAAUGGCUUCAAGAACGAGAUCAUGAAGAAUGUCCCGUCGAAGGGUAAUGGGAUCAUGCCGGUUGUCAAGGGAUUCAAAGUCCAGGAUUUGCAGAGUGAAUUGAAUUCCCAUAAUUCGAUGGAGAAAUUUACAGUACCUCCACCACCCAAUAUGCCAGUAAUAACGGGUGUCACGUUGAAGAGCUCCAAACCCAGGCCCAAGUCGAUGAACGUCUGUCAAGAGCCCAGGGAUCAACUGCUCGAGUCUAUCAGAAAUUUUGGGAGGGAAAAGCUUAAAAGUGUCAGCAGUGUCUCCUAAAAAUAUUUGUUGCAGAUUUUUUAUUGCUGUUUUUGCGUUUUACUUUGAUUCGAGAGUUUUUUUAUUCGAGACGUUGUUGAUUGGUUCGUUCGUGGUUGAUGAUUCUUGAUGGGAGUCGGGUCGAUUCUGCAGAAAUAUUUUGAAAGAAAUUGGAUUUUCGGGGGAAAAUAGUGAGGGAGGGGGGAGGAUAUAAACACUUUGACUUUUUUUCGAGUGCUAUUCGGAAAAUUGAUUAUUGAAAGGGGCUUUUUUGGGUUUAGAGUCGAACAAAAAGUCGAAAGGUUCCAUUAACUGGAGUAGAUUGAAUACAUCAAAUUAAAUUGGCAACACUUUUCAUGGGAUUUUGAUGCACAGGAGUCACUUUCAUAAUUGAAUCAAUAAAUUCAGUCGCUGCCGUAUUUAAAUGAAUUUCAUCAUCAAAUGGAAUUCGUAAUUAGUUUUUGUGCUGAUGAAAAAAUAAAAAAUCCAAUUUUCCGAGAUUUAUUUCAUUGCAGACUCUCACCUGACUGUCGUCGCUGUCUCAUGAUGAGGAUUGACGAGAAAAUCUAAAAAUAGAGAUAAAACCAGUGCAUAUUCCAAGAUGGCCUGAGAUUGAUGAUUGAAACAAGUGGAAUUCGAAAGCUACGGAGUUUUUUUUUGUGAAAAAUAUCUCCAACUUUUUCCUCCGUCAAUAAUCGAGAAAUGACGGGAUGUUCAACAGGCUCCAGUAGCUUCAGAGUUUUCUAAUUCUCUGUCAAGAUGUUGAAGGGAAAAAUAAUGAAUUCAUUAUCAAUCUGUCAGUACCUCACGACAUCUCAGACUAUUGCAUCGAUUUUUCUCAUUUAUCUUCAUUCAGCAUAAUUAUUAAAUUAAUAUUUCUUUCAAGUUUCCCGUCAAUCAACUGUAAAUACUUAUUUUGUUGUGAGACUUUUUGGUGGUGCUACGACAGGGAAAUUAAUCAUUAACAAGCUUAAGAUUUAAUUGCUAAAUCCACGUUUAUCAACCUGAAGAAAUCGUGAUUUCAAAAAAUUCCAUUAAAUCCUGAUUUCUCUAAAACUGAAUCAAUUAUUUUUGUUCAUCGAUUAAUUUUGUUAAUCGACGAUCAAAAUCAACUGAUUUAUUCAUUCAAUUGAAGAGCCUCAGUGAAUUUACAAUUAUCCUUCGUAUAAAAAAAUAGAACAAUUCCAUCUGUUCAAUUUCUACAUCUGAAUAAUUUACUCAAUUUUCUUUAUCAAUGACUUCUGUUAAUCGAUAAAAUAAGUCAAUUGAAUGAGCUUCAUUUAAUUGAUAAACUCCAGUGGAUUUACAAUUAUCUCUCAGAAGAUCCGUAAAUCGUUGUAGACGUUUUUUUUUGUUAGUCGUGUGUAUAAAAACAAUUGUUUCAUUUUAUGUCAUUAGUAUACAGUAUUCGUAAUUGCUCACUUGCAGUCUAAUGCUUACCCCAAUUAAAUUCGUUUGGCGUCCUUUGGUUAGUUUUUUUAUUACGUUACAUAAAUACCAAAGUUGAUGCAAACGAAUAGGUAAUUAAUCAGUUAAUCAAUUAAUCAUUGAUGAUGAUAAAUUGUAUAGAAGAACGGGACCAAAGGUUUACUAUUAAUUAAUGAAUAGUUAUUUUAUAUUAAUUACAAUGGUAACUUAAGGUAAUCAGAGCGAGAGAGAAAGAGGUAAGUGAUUUUUUUAGGAUAAAUUAAAUAUUACGGAGGAAAGAGAAAUAGUGCCUUGUAAAAAUGCUGGUCAGUCGAGUGAUAUCAAAACUAAAGAUGUAAUAAAAUUACGAAAAUCCAUGUUAGAAAAUUCAUUGAAAUUAGUCGAGCGAAUGAACGAUUGAGCUUAAUUGCAAAAGUGAAAUUAUUACGAUUCAAUUUUUUUUCAUUGUUGAUUAAUUCGAUCGGUUCGAGGGGAUUUAUAGGAGAAUAUUUUCGGUAAGGAAUGUAUAUAAUGUUAUUUUAAAGCAGUUUAUGCUGUUAGCACCAAUGUUCAUUGAAUUUAAUAUUUUCUUGCGUAUUUACGUCGAGGUAAGGCCCAAUGGAUGUGUAAAAUCUAUGUAUUUAUUUGUUUCAAUGUGUAUUAAAAUUAUUCAAUAAUUAA